GACCGCGAUAAGGGCAGUUAUCGGAGCCCUCAUCUUCAACCACAGGAAGGUGCUAGAAGUAGAACGCGUUGAUGAAAACCCUCUACGCGUAGAUGACGCGUUGAGCCCUUCGCCCACCGACCAGCAACAUAAAUUCUCCCCUCACCUCUCCCACUUUCUCUCUCCCAACCUUCCCACCGGCCACCGACCAAAACGCUUUCACACCCACCACCACCACCACAACAACAACAACAUGGCCACGUCAAGCCAAGAGGCCAGCAAGGCUCGCUCUCGUCUCGGGUCUCCCGAGAUGUCGGUGGGAGUCCAGGCAGUCAAGGCCAUGUUCAUGAACCGGUGGCCGUCCCACUCCCUCCGGUCGGUGCCGGAGCCCUCCAACCCCAGCCACUACUUUUUUUCUCACGUGGUGUACCUCUCCUUGACCUAUGAGGAGAGAAGGAUGUUGGAAGGGGUUGUGGGCGCGGUGCUGGGUGGCGACGCCGACUACGCCGCCUUGGUAGAGGCCGGGGACGAGGACGAUGAAGCCGACGCCGCCGUUGACGGCCCCCUUGCUGUCGAUCCCAUUGGCAGAUACCGGGCCCUCAUGCGCUUUAGCAAGGGGUACCCGCGUGAGCAGCUGGAUCGGAUUGCCUUUCUGUUGUUUCUCCGGUGGUACGUACUCGUCCCAUCUCAUCACAAGUCCCUCUGGCGUCUUCUUCCCUUCGGUUGAAUUCAGGGUUAUUAUCAGACGAACUCUGAAGUCUGAAUUUUGAGCCUCAAGAACUGACGCGACCAAGGUCUCCCGCACAGCUCACCAUCCGGAACCUGCUCGCCGAGC